AUGGUGGCUAAUGCUGGGGCCCCUCCUUCAGGUCCACAGGUCCAGGGCUGGACAACAUCAGGACAGGGUGGAGUUCCACCACAGAGGACAGCACAGGGCUGGACAACAUCAGGACAGGGUGGAGUUCCACCACAGAGGCUGCACAGGGCUGGACAACAUCAGGACAGGGUGGAGUUCCACCACAGAGGACAGCACAGGGCUGGACAACAUCAGGACAGGGUGGAGUUCCACCACAGAGGACAGCACAGGGCUGGACAACAUCAGGACAGGGUGGAGUUCCACCACAGAGGACAGCACAGGGCUGGACAACAUCAGGACAGGGUGGAGUUCCACCACAGAGGACAGCACAGGGCUGGACAACAUCAGGACAGGGUGGAGUUCCACCACAGAGGACAGCACAGGGCUGGACAACAUCAGGACAGGGUGGAGUUCCACCACAGAGGCUGCACAGGGCUGGACAACAUCAGGACAGGGUGGAGUUCCACCACAGAGGACAGCACAGGGCUGGACAACAUCAGGACAGGGUGGAGUUCCACCACAGAGGACAGCACAGGGCUGGACAACAUCAGGACAGGGUGGAGUUCCACCACAGAGGCUGCACAGGGCUGGACAACAUCAGGACAGGGUGGAGUUCCACCACAGAGGCUGCACAGGGCUGGACAACAUCAGGACAGGGUGGAGUUCCACCACAGAGGACAGCACAGGGCUGGACAACAUCAGGACAGGGUGGAGUUCCACCACAGAGGCUGCACAGCAGGAGAUCUUGAGGAGAUGGUUCUCUUGGAUGUGUGUGGCUCGUUUGGUUUAUGGUUAUAAUGGUCCACACAGGGCAGACCACAAUCCACACUAGACCACAAAUCUCCUGGAAUCUCUGUCCAUGUCAGGAGAAUAUUCAUAUUACCUUAGUAACAUUUAUUGUUUUGAAACUUCUGUAUGUGUAAUGUUUACUGUACAUUUGAUUGUUUAUUUCACUUUUGUAUAUUUACCUCACUUGCUUUGGCAAUGUUAACACAUGUUUCCCAUGCCAAUAAAGCCCCUUGAAUUGAA